GGGCCAAAAUAAACAGGUCCUGCGAUUCCGUUCUUUUGUGUCCUUCGCGCCGACCCGUAGUUUGGAGCCCGCGAAGGGGCAGAGCGCGCUUUGGAAUGAAAGGACUGUUCAAAUCCCAACGUCUGUUGCUGAAAGCGUGUGGUGGCCUUUGGUGUGCUGAGAGUUUUACAUAUGUCAUCCCACUGCCUUCUUGCCUGCAUGGUUUCUGCCAGGAAAUAAGAGGACUUAUAGUGGUUAUUACAAUGGAAGGAACAAAUAAUUUGAAGACGCCAAGCAAAUUAUGUGAAAAAAAGAAAUCUGUUCUAUAUUCAACUCCAUGUAUAAAUAUUCCUGCCUCUCCAUUUAUGCAGAAGCUUGGCUUUGGUACUGGGGUAAAUGUUUACCUUAUGAAGAGGUCCCCAAGAGGUUUGUCUCGUUCUCCUUGGGCCGUGAAAAAGAUUAAUUCUAGAUAUAAUGAUCAUUACCAAAGUAUGUAUCAAAAGAGACUAACUGAUGAAGCUAGGAUUUUGAAAAACCUUCAUCAUCCAAACAUUGUAGGUUAUCGUGCUUUUACUGAAGCCAGUGAUGGUAGUCUGUGUCUUGCUAUGGAAUAUGGUGGUGAAAAGUCUCUAAAUGACUUAAUAGAAGAAAGAAGUAAAGACAGCAAUGAUCCUUUUCCAGCAGCCAUAAUUUUAAAAGUUGCUCUGAACAUGGCAAGGGGGUUAAAGUAUCUGCAUCAAGAAAAGAAACUGCUUCAUGGGGACAUAAAGUCUUCAAAUGUUGUAAUUAAAGGUGAUUUUGAAACUAUUAAAAUCUGUGAUGUAGGUGUCUCCCUACCAUUGGAUGAAAAUAUGACUGUGACUGACGCUGAGGCUUGUUAUAUUGGCACUGAGCCAUGGAAACCCAAGGAAGCUUUGGAAGAGAAUGGUAUUAUUACCGACAAAGCAGACAUAUUUGCCUUUGGGCUUACUCUGUGGGAAAUGAUGACUUUAUGUAUUCCACACGUUAAUCUCUCGGAUGAUGAUGAUGAUGAAGAUAAAACUUUUGAUGAAAGUGACUUUGAUGAUGAAGCAUACUAUGCAGCUUUGGGAACUAGACCCCCUGUUAAUACAGAAGAGCUGGGUGAAUCAUACCAGAAAAUAAUUGAACUUUUCUCUGUAUGCACUAAUGAGGAUCCCAAAGAUCGUCCUUCUGCAGCACACAUCGUUGAAGCUUUGGAAGGGAAUAUACAGUGAUCACCUCAUUUUCAUGAUCACCUCAGCAUGAAGUAUGGCUCACAUAUAUAACUGUUCUGUUUACUGUAUUACAUUUAUGUAGUUACUAUGAUAAUCCAUAAUUAUUAGACACUUUGGAAGUAGCCUAUUUUAGGACCAUAGCACCUUGCUAACAUUUGAAUAACCAAUUCUAGUAUUACGGUAUUUCUUAUAUACUUAUGAUGAUAAGCAUUUGAGAUUAUAGUGGGCUUUCUAUGAAGUUUAAGAAACUAGCUGCUCAAAUACUUUUGCAUCUAACAUUAAUUUGGAUUAAACGACCAUUUUAUUAGUGAUCUUUCUCAAAUAUUGCCUAUUUUAAUGUAUCUAUGGAAAUUAGUACACCGUACAAUACAGUAUAUUUUAAAACAUUAAACCUUUUGCUGGCCUUUCUUGGCUGGUGUGCUUGUUAAAUAUGGUCCUUGGAAUCUGAAAGAAUAUGGCACAAGAGAGUAGCUCCCUUGGGUAUUUCUAGAUCUUUUGUUUUUGAGGAAGAGCUAUUUAUAGCUUAUCCUACACUGUUGGGUCUCCCCUGAUCUUUGGUUUUUGCUUUAAUUUAUUAAAUGUUUUUUCUGUACUGACAUUCCUUUACUUACUAAUUUGUACCCUAAGCAUUUCACACUUUUAGUAGGAAAAUAAUAAAACCCAAAUGGGACAAUAUUAUAGAAUAAAGGACACUUUAAGUACCAGAA